AUCCUUCAGGACCCUGAGAUCUUGUGUUGGGAUAUCCGCUACCCUGGAAAGGUCUUAUCCUCGUUGAGACGAAAUGUCUCCACCAAUCAAAGGAUGUACUUUGACAUGGAGAUGUAAGUGUUUUGAUCUCUCUAGUUCCAUUCUUGUUUCUGGUUUUUACACUCCGUAAUCACCAUGUGACUUUUUCCCCAGAUCUGGACGGUACCUCCUGAGUGGUGAUACACAGGGCCUGGUGUCAGUCUGGGACACGAUGUCACCAUCUGAAGACACCUCCAUCCUUCCUCUGUUACAGUUCCAGGCCCAGAAUGACUGUGUCAAUGGAAUCAGGUGAGGCUGAAUAUUCGGGGUGGGGGGGGGGGGCAGCAAAAUCUAAUUGCUACAUUUAACAGGGAUAUUUUUUAUUGUCUCUUACUUUUUAUUAUCUAAUCCAAAUAUGUACAGCAUAACAAUAAAAUAAAAUGUGACAUACACAUCUAAUUAUAAGCUUAAGAUAAUGGGAAAGCAGAAAGUUAAAGUGCUUGGAAACAAAACGAUAGCAACAGAGAGAUUUAAAGGGACAAAGAGCAGGUGAUGCUAGCUACUUGGGGGAAGCAGGGUCUACCGCAUCCAAGUCCAUUUCGGAACCAGUUAUAUGGGAGUCACCCUUCAACUAUAAUCUGAAAAGACUUAAUGAAAGUGAUUUGAGUUCUACAAUAUCAAUUGCUUGCUUCCUGCAGCUUUUAUAAGGUUUUUGUCAAGGCUUCAUUAUGAGACCAAAACGUUGUUUGUCCCAAUAAAUGCUGCAGGAAACAAAACAUUGUAUGCACAACUCUGGUUUGAGUGAGCACCAACCAGGGCUGGUGAGAACACACGAGUGUGGUCCCUAUUCUUCUAAUUUCAGUGUUCUAGACUUUUUUAAAAUUAUUUUUAACAUGAGCUAUUACAGUGUGUUUCGGUUUGUUCCCUAGACCACAUCCUUGUAUGUUACUCCUUAUCAUUGUUACAUUUUAUUCUAGAGGGAACUGCGCUCAUGAUAAAUUCUGUAAAGGUCAAUUGAGGCCCUUCUGGAUGGGUUAAAAUGUUGCAGCUGGUCUAAUUGCUCAUGUUGUUUUACCAGUUAUGUUAGAAUCUCAGAUUCCUGUUUUGAUAAAAUGUAGAUUCAUGUAGGUGGUUAUUCUUGAAAACUAGAAAUAUCUACCUAGAUUCUUCUUGAUAAUAUACAUUGAUGUGAUUUAUUAUUAAUCCUUUAUGGUAACUAGAAUUUUGUUUGUUUCUGUAGCUUGCACCCCUCUUACCCACUUUUGGCGACUGCGUCAGGGCAAAGAAAGUUUCCGGAAUUAAAUGACAGCGGCGACGAAUCCCGGGAGGAAGAGAGGUCUCCACAUGGCAGCAUGGGAGAAAAUUCUCUGCAGCUGUGGUGGUGUGGGAGUGAAACGCAAUCAAACUGAGCUAAAAAUUGGGGACAUUUAAAACUCCCUCACAAUUUCACAAAGUGCCUCCCUCUUGUACAUGUGUAUAUAUUCUGCCUAAACUGCCUAUUGCUUUUGUUUUGUGACUUAUAAUUUUGAACAUGUUCAUAACGUGUAGAUAUUUUGUACAUUUUUGCUGAAUUUGAUAUGAGUACAUUCAGGUCUAUGAAUAUUGUAUCGAAUAAUAAAAGAUCGAGAGAGGUGUGUUUGAUAUUCAGAGUGCAUUUGUUAAAAUGUCAAUCUUAUGCUUCAGUGCUAAAGACCUUU